AAAUCAUAAUAUUUAUUGAACUUAAUUUAUAUUGUGUAUAAAAUAAUACAGCGUGUAAAAUCAACGAAGCACAUGACCGAGUUUUUCAGUUAAAUAAUUAGAGUAAAAAUGAAAACGAAAGCCUCAGCGUAGAAUGCGACGAUAAAGACUUGUUAAGAUAACAAGAAAAUAAAAUAAUAUAAAACAGCAAGAACGGCAACAAUAACAACUGCCUGAGAUGGAGUCUUUGAAGACCUCAUUUGAAGACCUCAUGUCUCUGUCCCUCCUGUCUUCCAAGUCUCUGUCUGCACAGACCAUCGCCGAUUUGUGCUAUCGCGUCAACGACCUGUUCUGGAGCGACACCUUCUGGCUCCCUGACGGGGUGACGUGGGAAGACGUUUCCCCGAGCAAAGGCUACCCCAACGCAAGGGACAUUACCACGUAUCCUUUCGUCAUCGCCGCCGUCCUACUAGUCCUCAAGAAGUUCUUUGUUAUUCCUUUUAUUCUAUCUCCUUUAGCUCGCCAUUUCGGCUUACGCGACAGACGGAGGUCUCAGCCUGAGCGUGUACCAACGCUAGAAAUUCUCUAUAGACAACAUGGCAAAGUACUACCUCCAACAAUGGUCGAAAAGGUGUCUAGAAAUCUGAAUUGGACCACAAAGCAAGUCGAAAAUUGGCUUCGACGCAGAGAUAUGUCCCAGAAAAGCUCUGUCUACGAGAAGUUCGUCUCUGUGGGCUUCCUGGCGGUGUACCACAUCUGCUUCACGAUCUUUGGCGUCGUGAUGCUUUACGACGAACCGUUCGUCUGGAACGCCGAACUCUGCUUCGAAGACUUCCCCUUCCAGGAGUUGAGCAGCGAGAUCUGGUGGUACUACAUGAUCGGCUUAGGGUACUUCUGGUCCUUGGUGUUCUCCCUCUUAUUCGAGGGUAGGACCAAAGAGUACCUGAUCGACUGCAUCCACCACGCAGUAACUAUAAUGCUCAUGUCCUUUUCUUGGGUCAACAACUUCGUCAGGAUCGGGAGUCUGGUGUUGCUUUUGCACAGUUUCAGCGACGCCCUCUUGUUCCCUGGUAAAAUGUUCGUCUACUCUAAACACGAGAAGGUGACAACAGCUUUUUUUGCCGUGUUUGUUAUCGUCUGGAUGGUGACAAGGAUAAUUUUGUUUCCCUUCCACGUGCUGAAAAACGUCAUGACACUAGGGUACAUCUCUCAGAGUUUGUGUGUGUAUGAUGUUCUGCUCAGCGGGUUACUUCUGCUCAACAUCCGCUGGACUGCGCUCAUUCUGCGAAUGAUUUUCAAGAAGUUAUGUCAGGGUGAACUUGUCGACGAAACUGACGAUAACGAAAAUUCUGCUGACGAGUUCGACGAAUACGAAAAAUCUACCGUCGAGAUCGACGAAUACAGAAAAAACAGUUUUGAGUUGGACGAACGCGAAAAAAAUACUGAAGACGAGGCAUUUGAACGAUGUGAUAAGAAGAAGAGUUGAAAGACACUGAGUUAUUUUCUUUUCUGGAGUGUUAGAAAAAACAUUAUAAACCAUAAAAAAUUAUUUUAGGUUUCAAUUAUUUAUUUAUAGAAUAAGGAAAUGUAACAGGACAUAUUGUGGGAACUUUUUAGAUAUUGGAAUCUAUUUUAAGAUCACCCUAUGGGCUUAACCCGAAUCACUUAGGGUUAGAUAAAAGGGUCCCAUUGCUCAAGAACUUUUGGAUGAAAAUAUUCUUUAUCUAAAAUUUAUUUCAACAUUUCAUUUAUGCCAAUCAAGAUGUAUUUUUGUAAGAUAUGAAAUAAUUUUUGUGCUUGAAAUAACUUCUUUAACAGUUAUGAUGUAGUGAUUUCAAGAGUAUUAUUGGAAUAAAAUAAUAUUUUAUACAUCUUGAUGCCUUAAUUAUGUACAAUUCUCACCCGUGAACCUCGUCUAAAGGUCAUAGACGAAAGCAGUAUUUAAAAGACCGCAUAACCAACAACAUAAGCCAGUUAACCAUGGCCUGUUUUAAUAAAUAUAAUAUCCCAUAGUUAUACAAUAAUUUUAAGUUCUGAUAUAGAGAAUCAUUAGUAUGUAAUUCACGAUCGCUCUAUUGUGUAGCGCCAAUUUCAACUGGAGCGCAAAUUUCAAAUUAUUUUAACGUAGCGCAAAUUUUCAAAUUUUCAACGUAGCACAAAUUUCAACUUUGUCCAUAUUGCGAUGCACUCAAUCUUUGGCUUUUUGGCCGUAAUCCUGACCCAGUUUAUCUCGAAGAAGAAGAAGGGAGUCAUCAGUGUUAUGUGCAGAAAGUGUGUCACAAUUUUUAUAAUAUUACCUUCAAUUGUUUGAGAGGAUAUAGAAUUUACGCAUCGUGUGCCAUUUGCGAACACGUUUCGCUCGUAUGUAUCAGCAUUUGCAUAAACAUUCUUGCGAAAUGUUUAGCUCUAUCAUACUGACUUAUAUUCCGUAUCAUAUGGACUUAUAUUCCAUAACAAAUGAAAAUAGCAUGUCCUGCUUUGGUGAUUUAUAUCGUGUUGAUGUGCACGUUACAUGCAUAUCCAUCUGGAUUUCAAUAUGUCCACGCAAAUAUACAAACAUAAAUAAUAUGUAUGAAGUGUAAUUAUUUUAAAGUUAUUGUCCAUUGAGAAAUGAUCGGUAGGGAAAAUAUCUUAUCAAUGCUACGUGCACAAAGUGUACCAGUAUUUGGACAAAUGAUUAAGUUUUCUUAGUGUACCGACUAGGAACUUACGCCAAAACUGCGUCUUUGAUCCUGCCGCUUGUUUUCAUCAGCUGACGUUAUUGAAAUAAUUGCCCUUACAUUGAAUUUGUUUAUAUUUUCGUGUGAAAAA